AUGGCAAAUCCAUGCAUUCUCAUCGCACUCGCCGUCGUCGCAACACUAGUUAUAGUAACCGUCGUAACCGUACCAACAGUUGUCAUACUAACGCGUACAACACAACCGCCCACCAGUACAAAAAACCUACGGGUUAACGGCACUAUUCCCACAACCAACUUCACCACCACGACUUCCACCACGAGUAUUACGUCGACCACCACAACUACCACAAGCCCAUGGAGCAACGCAACGAUGAAUGGUACAACGACUUCAACCACGAGUACUACAUCUGCCACCACAACUACCACAAGCCCAUGGGGCAACGCAACAAUGAAUGGUACAACGACGUCAACCACGAGUACCACAUCGACUAGCACAAGUACCACAAGCCCAUGGAGCAACGCAACGAUGAAUGGUACAACAACUUCAACGACGAGUACUACAUCUGCCACCACAACUACCACAAGCCCAUGGAGCAACGCAACGAUGAAUGGUACAACAACUUCAACGACGAGUACUACAUCGACUAGCACAACUACCACAAGCCCAUGGGGCAACGCAACGAUGAAUGGUACAACAACUUCAACGACGAGUACUACGUCGACGAUCACAACUACCGCGAAUCCCGGUGGGAACGGAGCCAUGAAUGGUACAACGACUUCAGCCACGAGUACUACGUCGACGAUCACAAGUACCACAAGCCCUUGGGGCAACGGAAUGGUGAAUAGUACAACAACGGUAUCUACUUCAAGUACCAGCGGAACUACAUCGAGCACGACAUUUUGA